UGGAGUUGCUCUGCGCAGUCCUUCGCACGGGGAACGCAUCCCGGAUCAUUGUGAUGGAAUGCAUGAUUCUGUCACGAUGUAUCAUUUGUUGUUUGCUUCAUACCAACUGCAGCUGGAAGGACUCGGUUGAACUAGAAGGAAAAGGAAGAAAAAGACAAACUCGAAGAGGAAAACGGGCUAAGCCUUCGACGAUGAAGGAUGUGUUAUCAUCGUCGUCGGUUUUCUCUACGAUUUCUUUUCUUCUAAUUGCUUCCUUCACCCGCACGACUUUCCCCUAUCUAUUCAUGUUUCUAUUAGCAUAUAUAUAACGGAUUAAUCCUCAAGGAUCCUUCACGGGAGAUUGAACAUGAACUACCUCUGCCCAGAUGUCAUCUUUCUUUUCGCCAACUCCCCACAAGAAAACCCAUGGCAUCACCAGAUGAAGAAAAUGAUUACACCAUAGAGGAAGUUAUCGCCCAUCUUCCACGCCCAAUAUCCCAUCCAGAUACCACCCCCUGCCCACCCUCCUACCUACGGGCCAUAGCCAACAGGUUCACCCCCAAAAAGCUCUCCCGUAGCCUUCAAAAUGGGCCCCCGAUCUUUCUCAUCGGACCCGCCAUGAUCCCCAACGUGCUAAAGCACAUCAUCUCCGCUCACCCAGCCCUCGACGUAGCCCAAGACAUGGCCGCAGCAACCCUACACGCCCACACCCUCUAUUGUGUGCGGCCCCUCUCAAACUCAACAGCAGCAGCAGCCCCUGAUAUGCCGUACAUCGUACCCGUGCAGCGCUGCUGCGCUGGAACCCUCACCCCCACCCCCAGCCCCACCGGCACCCUAACCACCGUCACCGGCCUGGCAGUCUUCAACCUAACAGACCUCCAACGCGCCUAUCUGCGCCAAUUCGAGUCGGCGCCCUUUAAACGGCUGGUCCCUGUGUGCAUCACCAUCUGUCUCUCGACUGGUAAGUGCGUGACUAUCGAUGCGGGCGCCUUUGUCGAGGUCAUCAGAACGACGGAGGAGGCCGGGGCGUAUCAAUACCGUUGCGAGACAUGGGACGUUGCAGCCUUCACCGCGUCUGCGCUGUAUAAGCAAGUAAGUAGGGCAUUUGAGGUGUGGGAUGCAGAGAAUGGGGCCGCGGUUGGGGAUGGGGUUGGGCAAGAGGAGAGAGGAGAUGAGUAUGGAUAUGAUGACGCUGAGCUUGACUUUGGCUUUGACUACUUGUAUGAGUACGAUGAGGGCGAGGAGGGAGGAGGAGAGGUACUUAUCGUUUCUGAUGGAGAAGGAGAAGAAGAAGAAGAAGAAGAAGAAGAAGAAGUGGAUAGUGAGUGGGAGCGGGACGAGGUGGAGGAGGUGGAUGGGGAUGAGAUUGAGAUUGAAGGCGGCAUUGAGGGGGAGGGGAGGGGAUGGGGGAAUGCGACUGGGGUUGGGGCUGGGGUUGGUGGUAUGCGCGUGGGUAUGGGAGUCGGUGUGGGUAGGUGUCAAGCGGAGGAGUCUAUGUGGGAGAAAUGGAUGACAGGGUUUCGGAGGUGUUUUGGGGAUUUGUGAGAAUGGGAGGUGGAGUGAUUCGUUUAUUUUAUAUAGAUAGGGUGGUCGGUGGUGCCGCCAUUGAACCUUUU